AUGCAUGAGUAUAAUGCUCUUAAUGAUGCUUACAAUGAAAUAGAAUGUGACAAUAAUAAAUGGAUAGAUGAUGUAUUAUUUGAUGAUAUGACAAGUGAAGAAUUUAAUGAAGAAACUUCAAGUGAAGAUUCUAUUAACGAUGAAGCUUCAA